AUAUACGGAAAUUUAAUAGUUUUUUUUUAUUUUGAAUUCGAAAAUGAAUGAUAAUUUAAAUAUUAAAAAAACAAUAUUAUCAUUUUUAAUUGAUAAUAAUAAUAAUUUUAAUAAUAAUAUACACAAUACAAAAAAUAAUAAUCAAAAACGCUUAAAUUUAUUAAAAAUUUUUACAUAUUGGUGUUGCUUAUUUUUAAUAUGUGAUAAUUCAUGUGGUAGCAAUGGUAUUAUUGUGAAUGGUUAUGAAAAUAAUAAUAAUAAUAAUAAUAUAAAUAAUAUAGAAGAAAAUUAUAAUAGCAAUUUUAAUAAUAAUAAAAAUAAUAUUAUAAUUGAUACAAAGAGAAUAAUAAAUAAAUCAACAGCAAUAACAGCAACUUUAACUACAAUUACAACAACUGUAAAACCUUCCGUAAUAGCAUCAUCUUCAGUAAAAUUAACAACGAUAAAAACAGGAAUUCUAAAUGCUAAACCAAUUAAUAAAAUAUUAUUAAAAAAUAAUAAUAAUAGUAACAGUAAUAGUAUAUUGCUAAAUAAUGACAUAAUAGUAAAUGAUAUAGAAGCAGCGAAUUUAAUAAAAUCAAAUAAAACAAUACCAAAUAAUAAAAAAAUAUUAAAUAAUAUAAUAAAUUCAAAUAUAAUAAAUAAAAAUAAAAAAUUAAUUAAAAAGAAUUUUAAUAAUAAUAAUGAGACUAAUUUAAUUAAAAAAAGAUACGACAAUAAAAUAAAUAGAAUAUUAUUAAUUAAAAAAUAUAAUAAAAUUAAAAAUAAAAUUAAAAGAAGUAUAAAUAAUAAUAAAAAUAAUAUAAAUAAAUUAAUUUUCUAUAAUAAUUACUAUUAUAAUAAAUUAAAUAAAAAUAAAAAUAAUAUUAAAAAUAAAAGUAAUAGAAUAAAAAGGCAUUCAGGUGAUUUACAAAUAAUUAAUAAUAAUAAUAAUUAUAAUAAUAAAAAUAAAGACUUAAAUACAAAAAUGCUUCAAAGACCUGAUUUUUAUGAUGAUGAAGAUUUAGAAGAUGAUAUCGAUGAUUCUUAUGAGCUCUUAUUACGAAAUUCUUCUGCGCAAGGAAUGUUUAUCGGCGCUGCAUGUAAUGGGACAUGUCAUAGCGACUUAGCGCAUGUAUAUUGUGAUCCAUCGACUUUAACUUGUGGCUGUGACAAGAACCAUCCUGUUAUUAUUGGGCUUGCAAAAGGAUGCGCCAAAUCAAAAAGAUUGGGUCAACAAUGUCAUUAUCAUGAAUCAUGCCUAUAUAAUGAUGAAAAUUCUUUAUGUAUUCAAAUAAAACACAAUGCGAUGUGUCAAUGCAAAGAUGGCUACCAUAUGGUUAGUUAUACAAAACCAAUUAAAAAGAAAUUUUGUACUCGAGAUAUGGUAUUAGUUAAUUCUGAUUUGCCAACAUUAUUAGGUGUAGUUGCUGGUAUUUUUGUUUUAGCUGGUCUAAUAUGUAUGGUGCUUCAUUUGUUUAGUAAAACAAAAUAUCCACGUAGGCCAUUUCGUGAUACAAAUCCAUCUCCAACAAUAUUAUAUAACUCGAAUGAUACAGGUAUUCCUUUAACGGUACGAUCUGGACGACCUUCAUCACGUUCGAGUUUUCAUUCAAGUGAUUCAUUAGGUUCCUAUGGAAACCGUCGACCUUCAAGUGCUUUACAAUCGGGAUCGAAGGGAAUAUUAGUCUCAACAUCUCGUACAGGUUCCCGAAGAGCAAGUUUAACAUCAAUACAUAGUGUACCAUCGAUUCGAAGUUAUAGCGCUAUGAGAUUUGAAAAAGAAUUACAACAAAAAGAGAUAAGACAAGAGAUGAAAAUACGUUUGGGACAAUUGCAACAAGAGCAUAAAUCAAAAGAUAGCCUCCAUCCUCCAUCCGAAGGCUUUUAGUUUAUAAUUUAUUAUGUACAUAUAUUAAGCGAUUAUAUGUAAACAUAUUAUAUAGAAUUUGUAUUAUAAAAUAUUGUAAGAAGAAAUCAUUUAUUUCUAAUUUUGUUUUGCUAAAUAUGUAUAAAAUUUAAAUGAAAAUGAAAACCAAAUCCAUUCCAAAAAUAAGCAAAAUAACAAAAAUAAACAAUGUUGUAUUAUAAGACUACAAGAUACUUAGUUAAAUUAAUAGAAAAUGAAUUCAUUAAAAAUAAUUUUUCUCAUGAUACGUCUAUAUAGAUAUAUAUAUGUUCAUACAUACACAACAUAAAUUUACAUUAAUUCAUAUUAAAAUAUAAACUUAAAAAAGAAUUAACAAUUAAGUUGUAAUUUCAAAAAUUAUAAUGCAAUGCCAAAAAUAUGAAGAAGCAAAAAGAAAAAAAACGAUAUCAAAACUUAACUACAACGUGUCUAAAACAAAACUCAUCAAAUUGAAAUUUAAUAUAUUGAAUUAUAUGAAAAAUUUUGAAAAAAAAAAAAUAAUAAUAAAUAUAUUAAAAUUAAAAAAUAUAAAAAGGUAAAGAAAUAAAUUAAGCGUUUUUUAAAUUAAAACUUUUUGAAGAAGUUUUGCUGAAACGCAAUCUUAUAAUAAAUAAUAUUAAAAAGAAGAAUAUUAUUAUUUUAUAGCAAAAAAUAUAUAGAAAUUAAAAUAAAAACAUUCGAAUUUAAAUAGUGAAAU